AUCGAACACAACCAGGAAGUAGAAGAAGAAGAAGCUACGGCUGAGCCAACGACUCCCUCCUUGCAGCUAGUAAACGGGCCGCGGAGAACAAUCGAGAACAACGCCGGACAUCAUGCCUCGUGUUUACAUCGGACGACUGAGCUAUAAUGUCCGCGAAAAGGACAUACAGCGAUUUUUCAGCGGAUAUGGAAAGCUCAUGGAGAUCGAUUUGAAGAACGGCUAUGGCUUCGUGGAGUUCGAGGAUAACCGGGACGCCGACGACGCCGUGUACGAGCUGAACGGCAAGGAGCUGUGCGGGGAGCGGGUGAUCGUGGAAAACGCCCGCGGGCCGCGGCGAGAUCGAGAUGGCUACGGUGGGGGUCACUUGGGUGGUGGGCGCAGUAGCGGUUACAGCAGCCGGAGCCGCACUGGCAGGGACAAGUACGGACCUCCAGUCCGUACUGAGUACCGCCUCAUCGUGGAGAACUUGUCCAGCCGCUGCAGUUGGCAAGACCUCAAGGACUUCAUGCGUCAAGCAGGAGAGGUGACGUAUGCAGAUGCCCACAAGGAACGCACGAAUGAGGGCGUGAUUGAGUUUCGGUCCGAGUCGGACCUGAGGAGGGCCAUUGACAAGCUGGAUGGCACCGACAUUAAUGGACGGAAGAUUCGUCUUGUGGAGGAACGACCUCGCAAACGGAGAUCUUACUCCGGCAGCCGCUCCAGAUCUCGAAGUCGUCGCAGCAGGAGCCGCAGGAGCUCCAGGAGCCGCUCCAGAUCCCACUCAAGGUCUCGUUCCCAUAGCAACAAGAGACGUCGCCGCUCUCGAUCUGGAAGGAAGUCUCGCUCCAAGUCGGGAGGGAGGAAAUCAAUGUCUUGCAACCGCAGGUCCCGUUCUCGGUCUCGCAAAUCACGUUCUCGCAAAUCACUUUCUCGCUCGACUGACCGGAAAGAAAAGUCCCGUUCACGCUCCCCCAAAUCACGUUCUCGUUCAGCUGACCGCAAAGAAAAGUCCCGUUCUCGCUCCCCCAGAUCCCGUUCUCACUCGGCUGACCGGAAAUCAAAGUCCCGUUCAAAGAGCCGUUCAAAGGUGAAGUCUGAGCGGGAUUCUCGCAGUCGUUCCAAGGAGAUUUCUGUCGAAAAGACCCGCAGUCAUUCAGCGUCCCCGAUGGCCAACGGCGUGGAGCAGUGUGUUGCCAAGUCUCCGUCCCGCUCCCCAUCUCCUCGAGGGGAGGACCGCCGAUCCAUGUCCAGGGAAAAGCGUUCAGCCUCACGCUCACGGUCUAGAUCAGCCUCUCGGGAUUAGUGGAAUUUAAAACAAAGGGCGUUGUUUCUCUCCUCGUGGAGCUCGAUCCCUUUGCUGUACAUAGUGAGCCGUCUCGUCUUACUGGCUUAUGCUUCCUUGCUCUCUACUUUUCUCCAAGUGUUUACUUCUCUUAACAUGUCUAAGAUUCUGUUUUAUUAAAGGAUGCACCAGUCAGUCUGAUUUCUGUAUCGUCUGUCUCGUGGCGGAAAUAACAUGAAUUCAUGGUUUGGUGAACUUGGUAAAAGAGUCAGUUGUCACUGUAGAUCUAUCUAGCUUACUUAAAUGCCUUUCCAUUUAGUCCUGCAACAUCCAUCAAACAGUUGGCAAUAGUAAAGAUUUCUUAUUCAUUCAGCUGUAGUUUUGGGGGAAAGUAGUGUAUCACUGAAGCAUUGUAGCAGAUGGUCAUUUUGAACUUGGGUCUCAAAUGCUUUUUCAUUUAUUUUUGUGGUACUCUAAAAUACACAACUGGGAUGCAAGAAAUACAAAAUAAUGGGUUUUAUGUCAUUAUAGAACUGCGUUUUUGGGGAGCACUCUCAACAUUGUACAUAAAUAAAUGGUUUCAUCGACUUUUGAAAAAAUAUUUUGUUUUUGGACAUACGGGAAGGAAUUGUGUAAAAUCCUUAAGUUUUUACUUACUGUUUUGUAUUAGAGCUUCAAUGCCUCAAAUGCAAUUUCCCAUUUGCUCUUCUCACCACCUAGUUUUCAUUGCAACACCCACGGAAUCACAUUUAAAUUCCAUUUUACUUUCUAGUUUAUUUCAAAGGUUAUGGGGUUGUUGAAGCUGCUGUUUAAAGUUUACGGCUACCGCCCCCCCCCCACUCCGUCUUAUGGAGAUGUCUUUUUUUUAUUUUUAUUGUACGAUCAAUUAAAAAUCUUAUUCAAACUA